GAGAUUCACCCUCGACACCAGUAGCCACAAUGGCGGCAAAAUCCCCCCAAGGGCCCGCCGUAGGCUACACCACCGACAGCACGCGGACGCUGCUCCGGGUUGUCAUUCUGUGCUUCAUUGCCGCCGCCGCCAUCUCCAGCCGUCUCUUCUCGGUUAUUCGAUUUGAAAGCAUCAUCCACGAAUUCGAUCCCUGGUUCAACUUCCGCGCAACAAAGUACCUCGUCGCAAAUGGCUUCCACAAGUUCUGGGACUGGUUCGACGACCGAACAUGGCAUCCUCUUGGCCGAGUCACCGGAGGCACCCUGUAUCCCGGCCUCAUGGUCACCAGCGGCGCCAUCUACCACGCCCUCAGGACGCUGACAGUCCCCGUCGACAUCCGCAACAUCUGUGUCCUGCUUGCGCCGGCCUGCUCAGGCCUGACUGCGUUUGCCACAUACCUUCUGACCAACGAGAUGACGACGUCGCCAUCUGCCGGCCUCCUGGCUGCCGUCUUCAUGGGCAUCGCGCCGGGUUACAUUUCGCGAUCCGUCGCCGGCAGCUACGACAACGAGGCCAUUGCCAUCUUCCUCCUCGUCUUCACCUUUUACCUGUGGAUCAAGGCCCUGAAGCUGGGAUCCAUGCUCUGGGGAGCCCUCUGCGCGCUCUUCUACGGAUACAUGGUGGCCUCGUGGGGUGGAUACGCCUUCAUUACCUGUCUGCUGCCCGUCCAUGCGCUGGUCCUCAUCUGCAUGGGCCGAUACAGCACUCGCCUCUACGUCAGCUACACCACCUGGUAUGCCCUGGGAACAUUGGCCAGCAUGCAGAUUCCUUUCGUCGGCUUCCUGCCCAUCAAGACCAGCGAGCAUAUGCCCGCUCUCGGCAUCUUCGGCUUCAUCCAGCUCAUUGGUUUCAUCCAAUAUGUGCGAUCUGCUAUUUCUGGGCGCCAGUUCCAGACCUUCCUUGUCACGAUCCUCGUGGCGACCUUUGGACUCGGUCUGCUUGGUCUCGUCGCGCUCACUUCUCUGGGCUACAUUGCUCCCUGGAGCGGACGCUUCUACUCGCUGUGGGACACUGGUUAUGCCAAGAUCCACAUUCCCAUCAUCGCCUCCGUCUCUGAGCAUCAGCCCACCGCCUGGCCGUCCUUCUUCUUCGACUUGAACUUCCUUAUCUGGCUCUUCCCCGCCGGUGUCUAUCUGUGCUUCCAGGAUCUCAAGGACGAGCACGUCUUCGUCGUCGUGUAUGCUUUGUUUGGAAGCUACUUCGCCGGCGUCAUGGUACGUCUGAUGCUCACGCUCACGCCCGUCGUCUGUGUUGCCGCCGCCAUGGCAGCCUCUCAGAUUCUCGACACCUACCUCUCCUGGAAGACGCCUGUUCCCGUCGAGGAAGAGCAGGAGGCGCCAAAGAAGGCCAAGGGCGGUCUCCGCGGAAGCGACAAGCCCACUGUCGGCAUUUACAGCAACCUCACCAAGGUGAUGGUGUCUGGAUCGAUGCUCGUCUACCUCCUGAUGUUUGUCUCUCACUGCACCUGGGUCACCUCAAACGCCUACUCCUCGCCCUCAGUGGUUCUUGCCAGCCGUAUGCCGGAUGGAAGUCAGCACAUCAUUGACGAUUACCGGGAGGCUUACCAGUGGCUGCGCCAAAACACCAAGGAGGAUGCCAAAAUCAUGUCCUGGUGGGACUACGGCUACCAGAUCGGUGGCAUGGCCGACCGCCCUACGCUGGUCGACAACAACACCUGGAACAACACCCACAUUGCUACCGUCGGCAAGGCAAUGAGCUCAAGAGAAGAGGUCAGCUACCCCAUUAUGAGGCAGCACGAAGUGGACUACAUCCUCGUCGUCUUCGGUGGCCUCUUGGGCUACUCUGGCGAUGAUAUCAACAAGUUCUUGUGGAUGGUCCGCAUCGCUGAAGGCAUUUGGCCCGAGGAGGUCAAAGAGCGAGACUUUUUCACUCCUCAGGGAGAGUACCGUGUUGAUGAAGGUGCCACCGAGACCAUGAAGAACAGCUUGAUGUACAAGAUGUCGUACUACAACUACGCCUCUCUAUUCCCUGCUGGGCAGGCCGCUGAUAGAGUCCGUGGCGUCCGAAUACCCGACCAGGGGCCUGUUCUCAACACGAUUGAGGAGGCUUUUACCAGCGAGAACUGGAUCAUUCGCAUCUACAAGGUCAAGGACCUGGACAACAUUGGUCGUGACCAUGCCAAUGCCGCAGCCUUUGAGCGCGGCCAGAAGAAGAAGAAGCCCACCAAGAAGAGGGGCGCCCGUGUGCUUCGCGUGGAUUGA